AUGCAAAAGCUUGCAAUUGGGCUAGAAACUCAUAUAGUUGCGAAAGAGUCAAAAAGUAGAAGAAAGCAAAAGUCUAAAACAAAUCCAGUGACUAGCUGGGAGAAGCAAGAAAAUGGAAUACUUGAAAAUAGCCAAGUAGAAAAUGAAGAAAAGCUUGACGCUAUCAUACUGAAGAGAACUGAAACCCGUGACUUAGAAAAAGAAAAUAAUGGAAAAGUUAAAGAAAAAUUAAAUCCGCCACCUUCUGACCGUUUAUGCGGAUGCAUAAUAUUUUAA